CACAGCCUUCAGUAGAGCUGGAGACACCGGAAAGUUAAGUUGAUCAGAACAGCUACUUUGUGUGAAUUGGUGUCCCUGGCAAAAUUAAGAGCAGAGUAGCCUAUGUGCAUUUCUUAUUCUAGAUGACAAGUCUUUUUUGUCCUGAAUCCUCAGACUUUCUGAUUUUUUUCAGGUUUAAAUGAAAAUGUUUUCUGUGUGGUCUCACUAUGCUGGACUCCACCACAUGCAGAGAGGCAGGAAAAGAGAUAUAAUCCCAUUUACUGGCUCGAUCCACGGUGGUCUACAGGAGGGGAAAUCCAUCAACAUUAGUGGACGAGUCCUGCCGGGAGCUGACAGAUUUCAUGUGAACUUACAGUGUGGCUCAAGACCCAAUGCAGACAUUGCUCUGCAUUUUAACCCUCGCUAUGACAGCCGCCCGGGUUACGUGGUCACAAACUCCUUCCAGUACGGCAGGUGGGGUUCUGAGGAGAGGAAGCACAACUGCCCAAUCCCAGCUGGCUCCUCCUUCAGCCUUCUCAUCACAGUCAGUCGUGACGCCUACCAGGUGAGUGUUAACGGCUGUCACUUCAUGGAGUACAGACAUCGUGUCCCGUUUCAGCAGGUGGACACAGUUGCAGUCGGUGGUAAAGUAGAAAUCUCCUCCAUCGCCUUCCAGAGCUCCAUGUUCCCUGGACAGCCAGCGUUUCCUGCUCAGCCUGCGUUUCCAUCACAUGGAGCAUUCCCCUCCUGUCCCUCAUUUCCACCUCAGCCUGGGUUCCCAUCACAGCCUGGGUUCCCAUCACAGCCUGGGUUCCCAUCACAGCCUGGGUUUCCACCACAACCUGGAUUCCCUUCCCAACCUGGAUUUCCUCCUGCAAUGCUGUCUGUUCCUUACAGUAAUCUCAUCAGUGGUGGACUUCAGUCAGGCAGGACCAUCACCAUCCAGGGGACCGUUCACCCCAGUGCUACAAGGUUUCAUGUGAAUCUGAGCCAUCCGUCUGGCAUCGCUCUGCACUAUAAUCCCCGUUUUAAUGAGAACUCUGUGGUCAGAAACCACAAGCAGGGAAAUCAGUGGGGCUCCGAGGAGAGAGGAGGAGGCAUGCCCUUCCACCGAGGACAACCUUUUACGUUUACUAUCUGCUGUGAGAGUCACUCCUUCAGAAUUGUGGUCAACGGGAUGCAGGCUCACACCUUCAAGCACCGUUUCACUCAUCUCAAGCACAUCACCAACCUGGAGAUCGGGGGAGACAUCACUCUGACUUCUGUGGUGGUUUAGAUCACCUGUACUUGAUCCUCUCAUCAGAUCAGUUGCACUGCAAUUAUCAAUAUUUCAUACUCACCAAUUACUUCUGUAACUGCUAGAUUUUAUAUUCAUAUAAUCUUUUAUCUUUUGUAGAUCAUUAUUUCACUUCUGCAGCCAGAAACAUUUUCUUAGAAGAUAAUGGCUAAUCAAGCUCAUUAAGUUGGUCAUUUCAAUCCAGUUUGGUUGAUGUUUGACUGUCAGAAAUAUUCAAACCAAGGAUUAAGAUUUAAACUAUUGCAUUCCUCCUGAUUCUCACUGAAUAUCUGAAUGCAGCUAAUAAAGAAAUCAAUUUUUGAAUGUGGAUUUGACAGCAUUUGCACUGACAUUUGAAAUGUUUCAGUAUGUUGAGCCUCUUAAAUGUAAUCACUGCGUUGUAUAACUGUAUAAAGGAAAUAUUGCAUGUCAA